GAUUUUAAUAGAGUACGAAGAGAAGACGCGACGCGCGAAAUGACGGCUGUCAAAAAAGACGACGCCGUUGACGUCAUGGAAAAAACGUCACCGAAGAUGUCCGCCACCGUGUCUCCGACUCUACAACAGAGCUGUAUCCUCGGGGACAGACACUUACAGGUGCUAUUAAUGUUCCUGGGCAUGACUAUUGGAUACAGUCUCAGGAUCGCGAUGUCGAUGGCCAUAGUGCCAAUGGCAAACGCGAAAACAGCGAACCCAGAUAUCGAGGAUUUCGGUUGGGACCAAGCGCAGAAGAACUUGGUGCUCAGCUCGUUCUUCUGGGGCUACGUGGUAACACAAGUGCCGAGCGGUUACAUCGCCAACGUCUGGAGUGGCCAAAAGCUCCUCGCUAUCGGGAUGCUGCUGUGCGGCGUCUUAAAUGUUGUGAUGCCAUUUGUCGCUAGCAAGUGGGCUUUGCCGGCCGUGCUGGUUUGCAGGGUGGGCAUGGGUCUUACACAAGCUUGCCUGUUACCUUGCAUUCAUACCCUUCUCUCCAAAUGGGCGCCACCCUCUGAAAGAGCACGAUUAGGAACUUUUGCUUAUGCGGGCGCCCAGUUUGGUACAUUGAUCGCUAUGCCAGUUUCUGGAUUUCUCGCUGCAUCGAGUCUGGGUUGGCCCAGCAUUUUCUAUAUAUUCGGUACAUUAGCGAUCGUGUGGAGUAUAGUUUUCUUUUAUUUUGGAGCGAACUCACCAGCCGAACAUCGUAGCAUUUCUCCCAAAGAAAGGAAGUAUAUAGAGGACAGUUUGAAAACUAUAGAAACGAAUGAUGAAAAUAAAUCCAAGAAACUGCGUACACCAUGGAGAGAGAUGUUCACCUCAGCACCCGUCCUGGCUCUUGGGGUAGCCCAUUGCAGUCAAAAUUGGGGGUAUUGGACUCUAUUGACUGAAAUGCCUAGCUAUAUGACGAGCGUAAUGAAAAACAUAGAGAUGAGCGGUGUAUACUCCGCGCUGCCAUACUUGGUCAUGUGGCUCCUCAGCUUUCCCAUGAGUUGGUUCUCCGACUACGCGUUGAAGAAGGGUAUGUCCAAGGGCACGGUCAGAAAGACCAGCAACACAGUGGCUUUUUGGGGUCCGGCUGUUGCCCUAGCGUUUAUGAGCCUCGUACCCACUGACGAUUACAUUUGGGCUAUCGUCAUUUUUACUAUAGCGGUGGGUCUGAAUGCUGGAUCUCUUUGCGGCUAUCAAAUCAAUCAUAUCGAUCUCAGUCCGAACUUUGCUGGUACAAUGAUGUCCGUCACCAAUUGCGUCGCGACCAUUACAGCCAUUAUCGCGCCAUUGAUUGUCGGUAUUAUCGUCACCGAUGAGAGCAACGUGUAUCAGUGGAAUAUCGUGUUUUAUAUCGCAGCGGCAAUCUUUUUUCUCGGCAAUCUGAUAUUUGUGAUAUUCGGCAAGGGUGAAAUACAAUGGUGGAACAAUUUUGAGGAAGUCCAAGCUCUACGAAAAAAAAAAGAUAAAGAUGUAGAAGACUAUAUAUAAGAGACUAACUUGAAAUUUAUGUUGAUUGUGAUACGCUUUUAGGUUUUUUCAAACUUACCAAGAUUAAUUUAUGACGUAAAUCAGACUGUAAGUUUGAAGUUACAUAGAAUCAACGGAACUCAGUUAUGUUCAAUUUGACUUUAAAUAUGAAUCUUCUGAGAUAGAGAUAGAUAGAUAGAUAGAUAGAGAGAGAGAGAGAGAGAGAGAGAGAGAGAGAGAGAGAAAGAGAGAGAGAAAGAGUGAAAUUGCGAUCGAUUACGAAAUCGCAAUUUGUUAUCGUAAGAGUGUGUUAUAUACAUCAUUAUACCAUCACAUACAUAAAAUGUGAUCAUGACCUUUCAACUUUCUGUUGCUGGCGCACUCGUUAUCUACUUUUUUUUAUUUACAACGCUAUAAUCGUUAAUCGCUCUAAUCUGUAAGAUUAAAAUGCAUUUUUAAUUACAUUAUUAUACAACAAUGAAUUUUUAUUUUCUAUUUAAGUCGGUUUUUUUAAAUACCGUUGCAUGCAUGCUACAUGUGCAAUAUACAUGCAAUUUUGAACAGCAUACAUAUAUUUUUUCCAUUUAAUAAGAUCA